AAUAAAUUAUGAAAGAAUAUAUUGAAUACUUAUAAAGUGUUCUAAAGUAAAAUAAGAUAGAGUUUUAGUAAGAAGAGGAAUUCUUAUAAAAUAAAGUUAAUCAAAUAAGCAAUGAAUUUGGUUAUGAUCACAUAAACAGAUAUAAAAGAUAAAUGAUUUUAUCAGAAAUAGGAUUGAUAGGUUAGAAGCAAAUUCAUUAGGCAAAGGUAUUAAUUGUUGGAGCUGGAGGUAUUGGUGCACCUGCAAUAUAUUAUUUAGCAGGUGCAGGAGUUGGAACUAUAGGAUUAGUUGAUGGUGAUAGUGUAGAUGUUUCUAAUUUACAUCGUCAAAUAAUCCAUAAUAAUGAUAGACAAGGAAUGAAUAAAGUAUUUAAUUAUAGUAUUAUUUAUAGUGUGAAUCAGCUAAAUUAUAAAUAAAAUAGUUUAAUCCUUUAGUGAAUGUUAUUACACAUAAUCAUAAUUUAUCAUCUACAAAUGCAAUUGAAAUAUUUAAGAAUUAUGAUGUGAUAUUAGAUGCAACAGAUAAUCCUGCUACAAGAUAUUUAAUUAAUGAUACAGCUAUUUAUUUAAAUAAACCUUUAGUUUCUGGUUCUUCAGUUGGUUGGGAAGGACAAAUAACAGUUUAUGGUAUGUCAGGACCUUGUUAUAGAUGUUUAUUUCCUUAAUGUCCUAAAACUGUUUAGAAUUGUAAUGAGGCUGGAGUAUUUGGAGUUAUGCCUGGCUUAAUAGGACUUAUAGAUGCUUUAUAGGCUAUUAAAAUUAUUAUUGGUCAGUAAAAUUUAUCGUAGAAAAUGAUAUUGAUAGAUGGAUUAAGAGAUAUAUACAAAGUUGUUAAACUCAGAGGAUAAUAAAAGUAUUUAUUCUAAUUAUCAAUUAGAGAUUGUAUUGCAUGUUAAAAGUUAAUUAAUAUAAAUGAAUAUGAUUAUUCUACCUUUGCAAAAACUAUAUGCAGCUCUUCUGUUCCUUAUAGAGGAGGAUAUAAAGAAAUCGAAUGGAAAGAUUUUCUAUAGAUUUAAAGAAAUGAUCAAGUUGUUUUACUAGAUGUUAGACCAAGUUCAUAAUACAAUAUUAUUAAAUUGGAUGGAUUCAUAAAUCUUCCAUAUUCAUAAAUUGAUUUAUUUUAAAUUGAACAAAAUAAGGAUAAAGUUAUUUAUGUAAUGUGUAGAAGAGGUAAUAACUCUAGGUUGGCUUGUGAAUUUUUAAAAGACAAAAUACACAAUAUAUAUAAUAUUAUAGGUGGAAUAGAUUUAUAUGCUAAAUUAUAUGAUCCCAAAAUGCCUUUAUUAUGA